UCUCAUACUGACCACUGGAUAUUCAACAUGGCACAUCAUGGCAAAGAACUCGAGAUGAACCCGGACAUUGCCGACCCUUAUAUUUUUUCGACUCGCUCGUUACCCUCUGACCACCGUUUCCUGCCGCCUCUGACUAACGGAACGCUGGGAUGGAGAGUGUUUGGAAAAAUGAUGCAUAAGGGAGGAGUCUAUAAUGGAAAGGCUGGAGCUUGUCACCGAGCUGAUAUUCCAUGUCCGCUUGCAGUCCGGAUGAAGGUCGAGAACGGGAAGCAUAUGUACACUCUGGAUGCCCACACUGGUAUAUUCACUCAUUCAGUGCUUACCUCGUAUGUGGAAGCGACUCAGGUGUUCUACGCUCAUCGACAAUAUCCCAACUUGUUGGUCAUGGAGGUCUUGCUGAAGCGCCAAAUGAGCUCUGUAGAACCGAUCACGGUCAAACUUGAGAGUUCGUUCACUCCUCAAAGUCAUGACAUUGCCUUUGAAAAAGCCCCUGACUACAGAGGAGGGAGGCAUAUGUUUGGGAGCACUGUGUCAGCAGAAGUCCCUGGAGUUCCUCGUCCUUGUGUUCACCUUAUCUGGACCCCAGUAACCUCCUGUGUAACGUUACAUCCUGAGCAGAGCCAUUCUAGCUGGAGCUUUCUGGUUGCACUGGCGGAGAGCAGUGAGCUCGCCCAGCUUUGCUUUGACAAAGGUUUAGUGCUCGUUGAACAUGGUGACCUGCAGACUUCCCAUAUAAGGGCAUGGGCGGAGCUUUGGCUUGGCAGCAGUGUGGAGCUGGCCGGACCAGAGCCUUUGAGUCAAGCUGUGAUUGGUUGCAUGUUUUACCUUCUCAGUGCACUUCCUUCUCUGACAGAGACACCCACACCGUUCGGUGGCAUUAGUCCUGGAGGACUGUCUAAUGGAGGACAUGGACAAGGACAGGACUACUGGGGACAUGUUUUCUGGGAUCAGGACACAUGGAUGUAUCCUAACAUCGCACUCUUUCACCCCACUGCCAAAGCUGUCUUGGAGUACAGAAUGCGAACACUUGAAGGUGCUCAGAUUAAUGCCCAGGAGCAGGGCUUUAAGGGCUUGAAGUAUCCUUGGGAGAGUGCUGUCUCCGGUCAAGAAGUGUGUCCGUCGGACUUUUAUGGAAAGCAGGAGAUCCAUAUUAACGGAGAUGUAGCUCUUGCCUUCCGUCACUACCUCUACUUAACACAGGACUUGGACAUUUUUAAAGAUGGCGGUGCUAGUGAAGUGGUGUGGGGAAUUGCUGAUUACUGGGUGUCCCGAGUCACCUGGAAUCUCGAAGACCAGUACUACCAUAUCAAGGGAGUGAUGCCUCCUGACGAGUACAACAAAAACGUUGACAACUCCGUGUACACCAACACUGUGGCCAAAUACAGUUUGCAGUUUGCUGUGGACUUGGCUCAAUUGCUCCAGCAUCCUGCACCCCCAGAAUGGCAGGAAAUAGCUAAUAAGCUAAAAAUUCCCUUUGACCCUGAACUCAAAUACCACCCGGAAUUUGAUGGUUACAAAAAGGGAAGUGAAGUGAAGCAGGCAGAUGCCAUUCUGGUAGGAUUCCCACUGGGAUUUCCGAUGAGCCCUGAGGUCAGACGGAACGAUCUGGAGUUUUACGAGGCGGUCACUGACCCACUUGGUCCUGCUAUGACUUGGAGCAUGUUUGCAGUGGGUUGGUUGGAACUUGGUGAAUCGGAAAAAGCAGAAGGGCAUCUGAAAAAGUGCUUCAAAAAUAUUCAGGGCCCCUUCCAGGUGUGGAGUGAGUCAGCUGAUGGUUCUGGAGCGGUCAACUUCCUCACAGGCAUGGGAGGGUUUCUGCAGGCUGUGUUGUUUGGGUAUUCUGGUUUUAGGGUCCAAAAGGACUGUCUGACUUUUUCCCCAUCAAUACCUAAAGAACUCUCUAAGCUCAGUCUGAAAGGCAUCAGCUACCUUGGUAAUAAGUUGGACUGGGUGAUGGAUAGACAGCUAGUCAGCGUUGUAGUGAGAAAGCAGACGAAGGAUCAUGGCAGUGAGCAGACGUGUCCUCUUGAAAUUGUGCUACAGAGCUCUGGAGAGAGAAUUGUGCUUAAUCCAGGACAAACAGUGACCUUUCCCUGGCAACCUGGCAAGAUCCAAAAACAAAGCACUACCUCAUACUGCUGGCCUCUUUGAUCCAGAUAAAACUGCUAGAUAUGCAAUUUAUUUUUAUUUGCUGUUGAUUGAAAUGUAUUGUUUCCUAUUGUUUUUUUUAUAUUCCUAAUAAAUUUGAUCCAUGAAA